CGGAGACUUGCAGGCGUGCCGUUCAGAGCUCGAACAGCAUUUUUGGAGCUCCACGAAACGAAGCUAUCGCCAAUCCUGUCUGUCUGCAAUCAUUGUCCAGGCGUAGAUUUGCAGCUCGCGAAAACCACACGAGCUAAGAACAAUCGGCUUCAACUCGAUUGUGCCCUAGAUUUAGCCUUUCGCACAUUUCAUCACCUUGGUGUAUAGUGUGCAAACCAAACCAGACAAGACCCCGCCACGGUCACCAAAAAUCAAAGUCAUCGACGACAGCCUCCGAUUAUCACCUCACAAACCGCAAGUGUCUGCGUCAGGACAGCCUGCUGCACCUCGGUCAAAAUGGAUAUCCGCGUCAUCCGGUCCAGCGACAUUCCGCUGAUACAGCACGCCAACCUCGAGAACCUCCCGGAGAACUACUUUCUUAAAUACUACCUCUACCACGCGCUCUCAUGGCCGCAACUAUCAUACGUCGCCGUCGACGUCUCACGGCCCAAGAAGACGCCAUACGACUACCCCAAGAUCGUAGGCUACGUCCUCGCAAAGAUGGAGGAGGACCCCUCGGACGGCAUCCCCCACGGCCACAUCACCAGCCUGAGCGUGAUGCGCACGCAUAGGAGGUUGGGUAUCGCCGAGAAGCUGAUGAGGCAAAGCCAACAGGCAAUGGUCGAGACCUUUGGCGCGCGCUACGUCUCCCUGCACGUGCGUGUCUCCAACCAGGCCGCGAUCCACCUGUAUCGCGACACCCUGGGCUUCAAGAACGAGAAGACGGAGAACAAGUACUACGCCGACGGCGAGGACGCCUACUGCAUGAAGCUGGACCUCGACUUCAUCCGGGACCAGCUGCGCGAGGAGACGGAGGAGGAGGGCGACGGCGAGGCUCAGGACGAGGGUGAGGCCGUCGGCGACGUUGGCAAGGACCCCAAGACGGCCAAGAAGGGCAAGGCUGGCGAGGACAAGGACAAGAUGAGGAAGGUCAAGGUCGGGAGGGCGUUGGGGGUGGGUGAGCUGGUCGAGAGGGUGGAGAGUAAAUAGAGGGCUGGGGCUGCUUUGGAUGGGUAUGCUGAGACUUUUUGACCGUGCUCUGGUACCUUUCAUGGGAUCAUAGCGGUUUGUUUCAGCCUUCCCUGGACGGAUCUCUUGAGCCUCAAUGGUAUCACUUGCGACAUGGCCGUACCCAGUGGCAAGAAAUAGAUCGACAAAAAUACGCCACAAUUUGGUGAACAAGAACCUAGGCAAAAGCAACAUAUCGGGAAACCCCUCCGCUCCAACGUUCAUCUGACUUAUCGCCAACAGGUUCAUGAGGAAACAAAUGCGAGUGCAAUUAACAUAUGCAAAAGUAAUACCGACUUCUAUCGCCCG